AUGCGCAUGAUGGAUAUGAUAUACUGGAAUCCCAAAAAGGAGAAAGCUAUGACCCGACGCCACGUGGAGACAGAGUCCGUGAAGUCUGCAGUCUGUGAGGAAAAACAGUCUUCCAUUGAAAAACUUAACAACAGCGGCAGUAAAUCGGCAGCCCCACAGGUAAUAAUUGGACCAGACGGCCGACUUGUGAUCGACGAGAAAAGUUUAGUUAUUGCUGAAACCGUUACCGAUGAUUCCGUUUGGGAAACCAUAGACGAGGACCGAGUAUCUCGAAAAGUUACUUCACUCUCGUUCCGGAAUCGCCUAUGGCGCAAAGGUACAACCUGGACGGAAAAGGAAACUGAGUUAUUCUACGGUAUUCUUUCUACUGUGUUGGGGCUACUUAUGGAACGAUAUUCAGAAAUUCUUCGGUGUACGGGCCCGGACUUUGGAUUGAUGCACGAAUUUUUUCCAACGCGAGCUCGCAAUGAGCUCAAGACCAAGUUCAAUCGAGAAGAGAGGAAUAAUUGGGAAAAACUGAAAGAGGUUAUGGGUAAACCAGCUUUGCUAGACGACGAUCUUUACGAGAGGGCUGCCACCCUGCAAAAGGAAAUAGAAGAAGAAGCACUCAAUAAGAAAUUCAAGAAAGUCAAGGAUUUAGAAAGGGAGAAGGCGAAGUUAGAAAAGGCGAUGAAGGAAACGCCGUUUAUGGAAGAGCCUUUUAUGGAAGAUCUUAUGGAAAAGCCAAUCAAGGAAAAGAAGAAGAGAAAGAAGCCUGAGGAACGAGAGUGGGAUGAAAAUACAGCAGAUUUAGUUGAAGAGGCUGCCACACUCAUUCGUGAACUAGAAAGAGAGUCCGCUGAACGCGAUGAUGAUGAGGAGGACGAUGCUGAACCAGGUUGCUCAGAAGAACCAGUCGUGGAAGUUAGACGGUCGGAAAGGACUAAGAAGGUAGGUGUUCUGAUUUCGUUUUCUCGUAGCGUUUUCCUCCAGCUAUUGCCC